UGUUAAAAAAAGUAUUGUUACACAGUAAUGCGUGACAUUCCAUUGCUAAUUCCCAUAUCGCCUAUGAUGCGCGGCAUAGUUAAAAAUAAAUAUUCACCGAAAUCACACUACAAAUUUUAAAAAUAAUUAUUAUGGUUGUCAUAGAAACAACCACAUGUUUGUUUAUUAGGACAAACACUAAGAUGGGUGACGUCUCGCCUACUGAAGAUUUAGAAGAUAAAUUUCUAAGCGAAGAGACUCUCAUCAGAGAAGGUAACGACCUGUUGAAAAUAUGUGAACAAAUUUACUCUCAUACUCCUCAGGCGUUGGAGUAUGAUUCAAACUUCAAAGAUAUACCGAAAGAUUACACUUCGAGUCUGGAAAGGAAUGUUAAUAUAUUGAAACUUUACCUGGAGCUAUUGCUGGAAUUCAUCGGCCUGUCGCCAAAGAUAAUUUCUACAUUCCGAAGGCACAAAGCGGUCUACACUCCAGAGCUCAGCGUGCCUGCCAUCGCCUACACUCUCUGGAUUAGGGUCAAGUUCUUGACGACGGAUAGCAUCCGAAAUGAGCUGUCAACUAUAGUAGAAGAAAGCGAAAGGAACAAAACGAGCACAGAAACACAGACAUUAGUUCUCUCAUUGACUGCUUGUGAGAGUUGCUACCUUUCUCAGUCAGUAGUGAAGGAGUUGGUGUCCAAAGUGGAGUUGUUCUGUUCUACUCAUGAGAUAACAGAAAGCAGCGUUCUUAACACAAAAGAUCAAUUAAGAUCCAAAGUCCAUGACAUGACAGAAUGGAAUGCUAUGAAUAAAUGGUGCAAAGCACUAACAACUGAUAUAGAACAAUUGACAGAGAUCUCUGAUAAACUCCUCAGUAAUUGGAAAAGAGAAAGACUGAAAGAGAAGCAACGCUACGAAGAAUUAGAAAAUAGGCUGAGAGAAGCAGAGAAAAAUCGAGUAGUAUCUGGAGAAAAUGAUGGAAAUACAACAGACGCAAAAUAUAAGGCAUUGGAGAUCGAAAACAAAAAUUUAACAACAGAAUUGGACCAGAAGAGACAAGAAAUCAAAGAAUUGACUUUUAAAGCUAAAUAUUUUGAAGAAGAAUAUCAAGCUGAACAGAGUAAAAACCAAAAAUUACAAAAUGAAUUAGAAGAAAAUACAAAGGAACUUCAAGAGUUGAGAAAUAAUGUUGAAGAUUACAAAGCUUCUUCUAUUUCUAUAAAAGGAAAGUGUGAACAGUUAAAAAAUGAAUCCAAAAAUGAAAAACAAAAUAUUAAAAAAAUAGAAGCUCAAGUUGAAGCUAAAAUAAUUGAAGCAAACAGUAUAAUAACCGAAUAUGAACUUGAAAUAUCACAAAUGAAUAAAAGAGUUCAAGAUAUGGAGAACGAAUCAAGAUCUCAACAAAAGACUAUGAACGAGCAACUCAAAUCUUUAGAAAUACAAGAAAGAGAAAUAAACAAAUUCAAAAAAAGUAACCAACUAUUGAAUGAAAGGCUUAAAGAAAAUGAAAAAAUGGUAGAAUCUUUUAAUAAUUUACAAGAAGAUUGUAAAAACAUAAGAAAAGAGCUGGACAGCAAAAGAAAAGAAGAAGUUAUUAUGAAAGAAAAAAUGAUUCUACUUGAAAGACAAAUAAACAACUUAAGUGCACAUUGUGAUUACCUGAAACAGAGACUAAAAAUAUGUGACCCAUCCUAUCAACGAGGCACAGGAGAGACUUUGAAAGGGCUGGAAACAGAUAUUGAAGGCAGCAUACAUUCUAAUGAUUUCAGUGAAAAUGAAGAUGAUUUGAACAGAGAAUCUAAAUAGAACAUAUACUUUUUUAACAAAAAAAAAAAAAAUGCUAAAGAAAUAUGAAUAAAAUUGACUUCAGAUUUGUUUACAUUAUACUAUUUUAACACUUUUAAUG